UUCGCUAAAUAGGACAAAAAACAAAAGCCACAGCAACUCGACUUCCAGCAUGGCAUUGUCACCAGCCCCCUUUGCCUGGUAAUGCGAUUAAGAUAGCAGCAUUUUUAUUAUUCAGGAAAAGCAGCUGGGGGAAUCCAUCAGUUCUAAGGCUUUGUCUUUCCUGGGUUAACUGAUGGUCCAAAGCCCCGGGUUGACGUGACCAUGAUGCCUAGUACUGGCACUUUUUGUUUUUUCUCAGCAAACUGUACAAACCCAAAUCUCUUUUUGAUUUUCAAGGAAACUAGACUCCUGCCAGAUUUUGAGUCUGGACGAUAAAUAGAUACUUUGUCCUAGCUUCUUUCUGGAAUCAUUUCGGGAAUAUUUUCCACAAGCAUCACAGAUACAGGAAUGAACCGGCAGCUAGUGAACAUUUUGACAGCCUUGUUUGCAUUUUUCUUAGAGACAAACCACUUCAGGGCGGCUCUGUGCAAAGACCAUGACUCCAGGUCUGGAAAACAACCUUCGCAGACCCUAUCUCCUUCAGAUUUCUUGGACAAAUUAAUGGGAAGGACAUCAGGAUAUGAUGCAAGAAUCAGGCCAAACUUUAAAGGUCCUCCAGUAAACGUUACUUGCAAUAUUUUUAUCAACAGUUUUGGAUCAGUCACAGAAACCACCAUGGACUACCGAGUGAAUAUUUUUCUGAGACAACAGUGGAAUGAUUCACGGCUGGCAUAUAGCGAGUACCCUGAUGAUUCUCUGGACUUGGACCCAUCGAUGCUGGACUCCAUCUGGAAACCAGAUUUGUUUUUUGCCAAUGAGAAGGGUGCCAACUUCCAUGAUGUCACCACUGACAACAAAUUGCUUCGGAUUUCAAAGAAUGGCAAAGUGCUCUACAGUAUCAGACUCACCUUGACCUUAUCCUGUCCCAUGGACUUGAAGAAUUUUCCAAUGGAUGUCCAGACUUGUACAAUGCAGCUGGAGAGUUUUGGGUACACGAUGAAUGACCUGAUAUUUGAGUGGUUAAGUGAUGGCCCAGUUCAAGUUGCUGAAGGACUGACCCUGCCUCAGUUUAUUUUGAAAGAAGAGAAGGAACUUGGCUACUGCACAAAGCACUACAACACAGGCAAGUUUACCUGCAUCGAGGUUAAGUUUCACCUGGAACGCCAGAUGGGAUAUUAUCUGAUCCAGAUGUACAUCCCCAGUCUGUUGAUAGUCAUUUUGUCCUGGGUCUCUUUUUGGAUAAACAUGGAUGCAGCCCCCGCCAGGGUCGCAUUGGGCAUCACGACAGUCUUAACGAUGACCACCCAGAGUUCAGGCUCCAGGGCAUCUCUGCCAAAGGUCUCCUACGUAAAAGCGAUUGACAUCUGGAUGGCGGUGUGCCUUCUGUUUGUGUUUGCAGCCUUACUGGAAUAUGCGGCAGUGAACUUUGUCUCCAGGCAGCACAAGGAGUUCCUGCGACUCCGGAGAAGACAGAAGAGGCAGAACAAGGAAGAAGAUGUUACUCGUGAAAGUCGUUUCAAUUUCAGUGGUUAUGGGAUGGGUCACUGCCUCCAAGUGAAAGACGGAACAGCUGUCAAGGCCACACCUGCCAACCAGCUCCCACAACCCCCCAAAGAUGCAGAUGCCAUCAAGAAGAAGUUUGUGGACCGGGCAAAAAGGAUUGACACGAUAUCUCGAGCUGCCUUCCCACUGGCCUUCCUCAUUUUCAACAUCUUUUACUGGAUCACAUACAAGAUCAUUCGGCAUGAAGAUGUCCACAAGAAAUAGAUGUACCCUUCAGACCCUGGGACAUUCUUGCUAACUGUUGUGCUUGUAAAUACACAGUGAAAUUGUCUUUACAUCACUUUGACAGAGGAGAAGACUGGGGGAGGGGGGAG